ACAUCUAAACAGCUGCAUUUAGACACACGGGACUUGUUUACAAGGUCAAAUACAGACUUUUUCUGUGGAGUCUUCUGCCAUGCAAAAGAUAAUCAAAUGAAGGGACAUCUGGAACUUCCUUCGUUAGUGUCUCCUUUGGAAUAUACACACGAUGAUAAUGCCAAUAUGAAUAGCAGUGAGGCUGUUGAUAUGGAUAUCGACAUGGUAGGUGAAAAAAUUGUAGGGAUUUCUGACACAGCUGUUUCAAAAGAGUCAACACGGGAUUUCAAUGAAUGGGCUGUGAAAGAAACCCUUGAUGCGAUUACCAAUAGGAAAUUUUCGACUGUCUUAGAGGACUUGGAUUCUGUGAUUCAACCGAUUUCAUUAGAAUUUGAGCAAGAAUGCCGCAAUGACUCUGAUUUACCAUCUAAAAAUACUGAGAAAAUCAAAAGCACAUCAACUCUUAAGCCUCUUGAGCAUCCAUUGGAAAGCUCACUUUGUGGGUUGCCCAGUAGUAUGGGUGAAACUUGCAUCCUUCCUGGUUUUGAAGGCUUGUUGAAACUAAAUUCUAGUAAUAGAGCACCUAAAGCCCCAAGUGCAGAGGAGAAAAAUUAUUUGAAUGAGAGAAGAAUUGUGAGUCAAGUAAAAGAGGAGAUUGGUUGUCAGGGUAUCUUGCAAAUAGCUUUUGGAGUUAGUAGUCCACAACGGCAAGGAUCUAUAGAAGAUUACAGUUCACGAGGAUCUCAAAAACAGCACCAGGUUUUGGCAUGUCAUUUGGUAAAUGAUCCUUCAGCUGCUUGUCCUCCUCCCUGUUUGUCAGGAAAGGGGACUAAAGUUGGAUCGCUAAUUAAAAUUGAAGGAAAUGACAAUGAAAAACCCUUUGAAAUGAGAGCGAAGAAAGGUCUGCAAAGUACAUUAUUCCUUAGCAAGGACAAAUCUAAAAUGGUUGCUGGUUCGUUUAAUGGUCCUUGUGCUGUAGAGGUCAAAGCUGAAAUUCAGGUGGAAGAUGAUAGAGUAAAUAAUAGUCAUGGACUGCAUGCCACAUUGCCCGGCAACAUGGAGACAUCACAAUGUUUGAGGCCUGUUGCUUCAACUAGGGUAAACUUGAGUGUAGCUGGGAGGUCAAGGGGGAAUACUGGUGCUGCCAGUGCUGGUGGGCUAAUUCGUGACAGAUCAGGAAAGUGGAUUGUUGGCUACAAUCUUAACUUGGGCAGGUGCAGUUCUUUAUCAACAGAUCUGUGGGCACUGUUUCAGGGAAUAAAGUUUACAUGGGAUAGAGGGUAUAGGAAAGUUCUGGUAGAGUCUGACUCCGUUGCUGCAGUGGAAUGUUUAAGGAAAGCCCCCUCUCUGCUGGAUUCUAAUAUAGCCCUCAUUAAGAGCUGCAGAGAUCUUCUCAAUCGUAAGUGGGAUUGCAAAGUCCAUCCUAUCCAAAGGGAAGAGAACUUGUGUGCUAAUUGGUUAGCUACUCAUGUUGAAGGCUGUUUACCAGGAUUGUCAAUCAUUAAGGUGCCACCUUUGGAACUAAAUCCUCUUCUGGAAAAUGAUUGCGUUCGAGUUGCUCAUACUCAGGAUUCCCCAUCUGCAGUAUCCUUUAGCCACUGUAAAUCCCACUGAAUUAUUGAAUGUGAGAAAAGGAAGAGACAAAAGGACAGAUAUUUCUCCGUUGCCAAGUUCGGUAGCUCAAAUACUAUAUACCUUUGUAAAGCCUCAACCAUGGAAUUCAACCUUUUUUGUCUAGUUGUAAAACACCAGGGCGUCCACCUGUUAGUUUAAAGUAUGGUAGGUUUUAUAAACAGAGUAAACCUGUAGCGUGAAAUAUUUUUUGUUAUCCUCUAGGCGGCUGCCUCUUACAUUUGUAUCAACGACUGACUUGUGACUGAAUUAUCUAGUAGCUUAUCAUUGUGCCGUAGCGCAAAACUCCUUGAAUGAGAA